CACACCAGCUCCGCGCCACCAGCCAUUGCUGGGGGCGGUAUAAAGGGCGGGGAGCAGAGGACGGCCCACGGCGCUCAGCAUGGGGUGGCUCCGCUCCCUCGUCUCCCCGCUCAGGAAGCUCUGGUGCAACAUGAACACCGUGCCCCGGAAGAAGAGAGGGAUCUACAUCCUGUACGACGACGUCAAGUCGUGCCAGUGCGAGGACGUGCAGGUGCUCUGGUCCAUCCUCGUCGAGUCCCACGGCCUGCCGCCGCCGACACCGCCGGUGCUCAGGCUCACGCGGUGACCGGAACGCGUCGGACGGCGGCUGGCUGGCAUCGGCGCGGCGCCCCCCGGAAUAAGGAACGGCCGGCACGGUGUCGCCCUGGCUGGCUCCAUGGGAGGUGAACCAGUAACAGUAUAGUAGUAGUAGCAUAUGAUUUCUGAUGUAAAGAGUACCUAGGAGGAGUUGUUUACAGUUCAUGUGGCCUUCGUCCAGCGCCUCUUUUGGAGCCGCUGCUGGGACGGGAGAGCGAGGCUGCUGCGAUUGCGGCUUGUUGACGAGUGUGGUGAUGGGCUUCUUCGAGCGCACCCCUCUUUUGAGUUUUUGAUUGAUUGACGCGUCGUUUUCUGUCGAGACUGCACCUGGAUGCAGGUCUUUAAUUCAUCCCCAAUUCCCCACUACUCGGGACAAAAAAGAAAGGAAUAUUCAGCAAUUAUUCUGAACUCUCA